CAACCGUGUAUUCCCUCUCACUCAUGAUCAUUAAAAUAUAGCAGCUGCUGUAUGCAUACCCCACCAAUUUCGGAUGCCGUUGUUUGAGCCUUAAGCGUUCACCCAGCCAUUUGGUUAUUGGUUUCCAGUCAUUCCUUGCUAAAUCUUGCCGGUAUUCUCACACAACUGUUUCUUCUGCUCAGCAUCUUUGUUUUUUCUGUUCUGGCUUGUGUUCCGUUCCAAGUCGACUAUAAUUCAACGUUCAACAGUUGUGUAACGUAGUGCUGCGACGGAUACUUGGAAUCGACACCGUCGGUUCCCACAUCCAUUUUUCAACUAGUCGACAGCAACGAUGGCUUCCAGUUCCAAUGCUCAAAUCAAUAGAAUUUUCAUCAGCCCGCUCAGAAUGUGCCGCGUUUGCCUAAGCGAAAGACGCCAAGUGUUUAUUGAUGUGUUUGGGCCCAACGAACCUUUUCUUGCUCAGUUCGUCAGAGAAUAUUAUAAAGUGGAGGUUAAACGUGAUGAUAUACACAGAGGCAAAUCUACUAAGUUAUGUCAACGUUGCAUGGAAAAUAUUGAUGUAUGGCGAGGACACGUCGAUCAAGCUAACGCAUGUCAAACGGUAGUGAAUUAUUUAGCUGAAAAAAAAUACGAGUAUAUGUCAUCUGUUUCUUCUUCCCAAGUUGUAAAUAAAAAACGAUGCCUAAUUAUUUCAAAAAAGAAGCAAAAAGCAUCAAAAUCCAAGAAAAGAAAAAGGUCAAUGCAUGUGCGCGAAAUUCAAUCCACAUCUACAUCCAAUGAUAUGAUUCAAUCUAUUGAUGAAUCUAAUCAACAAUCUACAUCAGCAUCCAUUAUACAAAUUCCAUCAAGAGGUAUAGAAUCUGUUCAAUAUCCAUCAGAUUUUCCAUCCACAUCAAAUUCAACAGAAAUUAUUCCAUUUGUACCAAGUUCAAACAAAAUUAUUCCCUUCACAUCAACAUCAACAGAAAUGAUUCCCUUCACAUCAACAUCAACAGAAAUGAUUCCCUUCACAUCAACAGAAAUUAUUCCCUUCACAUCAACAUUAACAGAAAUUAUUCCCUUUACAUCAACAUCGACAGAAAUUAUUCCCUUUACAUCAACAUCAACAGAAAUUAUUCCCUUUACAUCAACAUCCACAGAAAUUAUUCAACCAACACCUUCAUCAACGGGAAUUGAACCAAUAUGGUACACAAAGGUAAAUGCAAUUACAAGUAAUUCGUUUCCUCCAGAAAGAUUUGUCAGAACUGCAUCUUUUAAAGUAGAAUGUGUUUGUAUAUUUUGCACUUACGAGUAUACUGAUGUAUCAAGAAAUAUAUAUUCAAAUAUAAUGUUUUGUAAUAAACAUUCCAAACCCUUUGCCUGUUUAAUUGAUGAUUGCAACACUGUGUUUCCCAAUAAAGAGGUUUUUAUUGCACAUUACCGUACUCAUUUCAAUCUCAACAGUACAUCUUAUUUUUGUCGUAAAUGCAUGGCUGUCUUAAAUGGUCCGAGAAGAUCAAUUAUAAAAAACCAUGUUCACCAAAAUUUAUCAGAUUUAUUAAAGUGCUGUUCGCUUAACUUUGCAACAAUGAAUAAAUUUGUUCUUCAUAAACUUAUAAAUCAUAAUAUAAUUUUGGUCACAAGCAAAGAUCAAUCACAUAUCUUAAAAAAAUCAGAUUCGUUUGUUAUGCUUCCAAAUAAAUGCAAAAUUGAACCGAUUGACGUAAAAGAUGAUGUUAUUUUAACUAGCAAAGUAGCAAAAACUGAGGUAAAUGAAGAAGAUGCAGGAAGUUAUAAGUGUACACAUUAUAAUUGUUCCCAAUAUUUUAGUACGGCGAAAGAAUAUGUUGAACAUAGUAGGAAAAAACAUAACAAUAUAAUUACAUUAAAAGAUUCAGGAAUAAAAUUAUGCCCUCUGUGUAAUAACAACUAUUUAUUCAAUAAAUUUGUCGAGCAUAUUGAAAAUUGCACAAAUACUAUGAAAAUUGGUGAUAAGAAAUUAAAUUAUUUUGGAUGUGCUUAUUGCAAAUGUAUUUUUACAAAGUUGUCUGCAAGUAACUUCCGCAAUCAUUUUAUGUUCUGCAAAUCAUUUAAUGUGAUUACUAUUGAUGACAAAGCUUAUAAGAAAUGUAUUAAUUGUACUUAUCAAACAUGUGAUGAUAAUUUAGCUGUAAUACAUGCAACCUCUAAUUGUAUAUACUUUCAAUUAAAAAUGAGAUAUGCAAUGGGACCUGACGAAAAAAUUAAAGUUUUACAACGAAUGGAAUUUGAUGAAGAAAGUUCAAAAGAACAGGUGAUUAAAAAUUGUACAGACAAUGAAGCACUUCCCGGUACUUCAAAAAUAAUGUGUAAUACAAGUAGACAAUGCAUGCUCAAAACUUAUAACUUUCUUUGUAACAAUUGCCAUAACUUUUUCUAUGAUAAAUAUACUUUUUUACAUCAUAUGACUUUGCUAGGUUUUACUUGCCGAUCUGAUUCAUUAAUCUACUGUCCAAGAUGUCUAACUGACUUUAAAAGUGAAAUAGAGUAUACUGAACAUUUACCUAAAAUGCCUAAAGCAUCACCUUUGUUUACAGUAAAACCAGAAAUCAUUGAUUCGAAUUAUAAUUCUGAAAAUAUUAUUAUAGAAAAUGUUGUAGAAGAACAUACUAAUCAAAAUGAUAACUAUGAAGAAUCAUCAUCGUCAUCAGAGAUGAUGAUGAUGAUAAUGAUGUCAAAGUGUUUGAAAUGAAUCAAUAGAUAUUUUCAAGCACCAGGAGUUUUAGGUGUUGAUACAAGAAGUAGUGCGCAAUGUCCAGAACAAGAAGUUUCUAACUAUGAUUAUUCUGAACAAGAAAUAGAGUAUACCAACGACGAUUACAUGCAAUGUGUAGUUGAAGAAAAACCAGAUUUGAAUCAAAUGAUGAUAGAUAAUAAUAUACAAUAAAAUGUGAAUAUCACAUAAAUUCAAUAAUGUUAUAACUAAAAAUAUAGUUGUACAUCAAAUUUUACUUUAAUAUUAUAUUAGAUUCCAAUAUUGUUAUUUAUAUUAAUUAUUUAAUAUCUGUAGUUCUAUUAAACAAGUAAUCCUAAUAGCUAUUAACCUAAAAAUUACCUAUUCCAUAUUAUUUUUUUCUAUAAAGAAGUAAGGAUUAUAUUUGUAGACUUGUAAUUAUGAC